AUGGGUGACACCAAGGAUCUGACGAUAACCACCCGCUCCCCAGCCAAGGCUCCAGCUCACCAUGCUGAAAUUCAGAAGAUAUUUGACCACACAAGGGCUCACCACUCUCAGCUCCGCACGCUCACCUAUGGAGUAGAUAUGGAGCAGAAACUUGUCUCUGUGCCACUCUUUCACAUGACCAACCCAAUGAAUGCAUCUAGGAUGAGGAAAUUGAAAGCGAUAUACAGGUGCCAGCCAGGUCGGCUCUGGGUCUUCUUCAGCCUCCUCGUCCUCCUAUUGGUCACGCUUCAAGUCGUGGAGAAGCUGCAGCCUUCCAGAAACUGCCAAUGUGAGCUGGAGCGUGCCCUGCAGCAGACCACAGGCCAUGGCCAGAAGAGGCUGAGCUAUGCCCUUCAGACCCCCGACCCGCUGUUGGAGGACAAUCCCCUGCAGUGGCAGAGGAAAGCCAUGCCGGACUCCACUUCGACAGAGAGCAUGCAGGACGUUUUUCAGACGCACCUGUACUUCAGUCAGGAGACCCCGCUGGAAAGCAGCCCAGGCAGCCAAGAGGAGCACCGGGUGUGGCAGCCUGUGGAGGAGAGCAGCAAGCAGAUGAAAGCCCAUCCUUCAUCCACAAGGCUGAAAUCCCAGCUUCCUGGCCCGAGUAAAGCAACCAGAGAGGGUCCUUACCUAAGUCUUCCUAAGAGGAUCUCUGCAGUUUUGGGAGAUGCUAAUGCUGUCACCACCAAGUUCAUAAUCUUUGCAAACAGGAUGACUGCAGAGGAGCACAGGAGAACAUCACCACCAGGAACAAGGCAGGUGGUGGCACAGAGCCAGUCUCAGCCUCAAGACACGGGUCCUCCCCACCAUCAGUGGGGCAGCUUGCUUAGACAUUCCUUGCCAAAUUCAGCUCCACCUCCACAAGCAGAGGGCUUUUACAAGGCAAACUUAGAGAGAAGAUUUUUCCCGAGCUGGACAGAAGUCUCUAAGAGUGACAAGGUGACUCUUGGAGAAGGCCAGCAGGCCAGAGGGGUCUCCUCUCAAAGGGAGACGUGUGAGCCCAAGACUGACAUUGUUUUCCUCAAAGUCCACAAGAGCGCCAGCAGCACCGUCAUGAACAUCCUCUUCCGCUUUGGUGAGACGCACAACCUCACCUUUGCCUUCCCCAUCGGGGGUGGCAACCAGCUCUUCUACCCGCACCCCUUCUUGGCGAGGUUCGUGCAGGGCUUCUCCCCCAGGAGCCCUCAGCGGUUCAACAUCCUCUGCCACCACAUGCGAUUCCUGCAGCCGGAGGUAGAGAAAGUGGUGUCCACCUCAGCUGUCUACUUCUCCAUCCUGAGGAACCCCGUGCAGCUCAUGGAGUCCUCCUUCGCAUACUACAAGGGCGCGUCAGCUUUCUCCCGUGCCCGCAGCCUGGAGGAGUUCCUCAGCCAGCCCUACCACUACUACAACUCCACACACCACGACAGCCACUAUGCCAGGAACCUCAUGGCCUUUGACUUUGGCUUCAACCCCAACGGACAGGUCUCAGCCAAGCGGGUGCAACUCAUGCUGAAGGCCAUCGAGGCAUCCUUCGAUUUGCUCCUCAUCUCCGAGUACUUCGAUGAGUCCAUGGUGCUGCUGAAGGAGAUGCUGUGCUGGGACCUGGACAGUAUCGUCUCCUUCCCACUCAACAUCAGGGACAGCAGCACCAAGUACCCCCUCUCAGACACCAUCAUGGAGAAGAUAAAGGACUGGAACAGGUUGGACUGGGAAAUUUACAUCUACUUCAACAGGACCUUCUGGCAAAGGAUCGACCGCGACAUCGGCAGGGAGCGCAUGCAGCGGGAAGUAAAGGCACUUCGGGAGAGGCGGGCAGAGCUGGCGAGCCCCUGCCUGCAAGGCAUGGGCAGCGUGGCCCCGAAGGACAUCAAGGACUCUUCCCUGAAGCCACUGCAGCACGGCAGUGCAAAGAUCUUGGGCUACAACCUCAAGCAGGGCUUGGAUAAGGAGACGGAGCACAUGUGCCGGCGGCUGGUGACCCCGGAGCUGCAGUACAGCAGCGCUCUCUACAAGAAGCAGUUUCCUCAGAAGCCCCCCCAGCCCACUCACCCUCGACAGGGCAAUGCCCUGCGGCACAGGCUGGAAGGCACCCAAAACUGA